AACUACGAGCCGCGCUUGCUCCUUCCCAGCGCGUUUCCGUAGUGUAGUGGUUAUCACGUUCGCCUCACACGCGAAAGGUCCCCGGUUCGAAACCGGGCGGAAACACGUAUUUUUCUCGUAGAAAGAAUUACUCAAACACCGAUUUUACUGAAUUUUUAAAAAUGUUCGAAACUUCAUAAAUACAUGCCUCCUUUUCCUGCCUUACUCGCCCGGGGCCGUGGUGCUGACGUGGGAGCGGAGCUGGGAGCCCGCCGCGGCCCGAGCCCCGGAAGCGCAUCCCCGACUCGCGGCCUUCCUGCUCACGGAUCUCCGGCCUCCCGUCCCGCGAGGGGACGGCCUGGACACUCGGAGCAGAGUGAAGAAGACAUAAGAACCCCCUGGACUGAAAAACCAUUUGCCAGGCACUGCUGCCACCAUGCCCAAGAGAAAAGCAAAAGGAGACGCUAAAGGUGACAACGUGAAGGUGAAGAAUGAGCCACAGAGAAGGUCGGCGCGGCUGUCUGCUAAGCCUGCUCCUUCAAAACCAGAACCCAGGCCUAAAAAGGCCCCUUCAAAGAAGGGGAAGAAGCUGCGCAAAGGAAGAAAGGGGAAAGCAGACCUUGGCAAGGAUGGGAGCAGCACUGCAAAAACCCGAGAGGCCACCACAGCCCAGUCACAGAAAGCAGAAGGCACCAGGGAUGCCAAGUGAAGUGGACUUUUUUCAUAGCUCCGUACUUGUAAUGCCUCUACUGUUUGAAAUAAUAUUCUUAAAUCAAAUUUUAUAAAAAUUAUAAAGUUAUGUUGUUAGCACAGAAGACACUUUGUUGUCUUUUUUGGAAUGGGCAAAUAUCACUAAUAGAGUAAAAAUAGGAUUUUCUGUCCUUGUUUUUGAAGAUUAUUCUUGGUUCCAUUCACACAUCAGCCACGUUGGCUCAAAAGACUUACAGCAUGGGGAAGUCAAACAUCAUGUCUUCUUUCCUGAUGCCAUCAGCAUAUAGCUGACUUCCUGGAACCUAGACUUAUGUUGUGGCCUUGGCACCCCUAAAUCUGCUGGGUUGGGCAGCAGUGCUCAGGCUUUCUGGUGAUGACAUCGAGAUUAUGUUGCUCAGAGGAGCCAAGAUUUCUGUUUGUAGUUUGUGGAUCAUCUUAUUGAGAAUCCUGCAGCUUUUAGGUUUUUUUCCUGUCAGAAUUGACCUGUGCAAAGCUCUUACAUGCCUCAUAUAAAAUGUCUAUCCCUUCUGAAAACUUCUCCUGUUCAACGCAGCAACAGAAGAUUUGAUUGACUUUUUGAAGAAAGGAUUUUGGAAGUUGUAAAAUUUUGUAGAUUGUUAUCCAUAGUCUGCUGGAAGUAACUGAUUUUUUGUUUGUUUGUUUUUAAGUCUGAAAAAGUUGAAUACAAAUUGGUGGUGGGAGGGGGAUCAUUUUCUACCCAAACUCAUAAAGAUAUUUUUACUGCCUUGUAAAAGUUGUAUAGUUUUGCUUUUCACAUCUAUCUUUAGUCUUUCCUGAACUGAUUUUUGUGAAACAUAUAAAAAUAAAAGUUCAGCCGUGGCUGGUUUACCUCAGCGGUUAGAGCGUUGGCCU